AUGAAGAAUCCAAAGUUUCAGCUUGGUAUGGUGUUUCAGAACUUUGAGGUGUUUAAGCAUGUAGUGAGGAAGCAUGCUGUUUUGACCAAGAAGGAGCUCAGGUUCCCAAGAAACACCAAGCACAGGGUGUUGGUCAGAUGCUUUACGAGUCCAAAUUGCUCGUUCUGGUUAUAUGCUAGCAGUCCCGAUGAUAAUAACCCAACCCUGCAGAUUAAGACCUACACACCCAAUCACACUUGUUCCUCUGUCGCGAAGAGGGUAUAUCAUUGCCAUGCUCCUUUCUUGGCAGAAGAGUACAAGGACACUUUCAUGGCAGAUGGGAAGUGGUCUAGGGAGGGGAUACAAAGCACUGUCAACAGAGACUUUGGAAUGGAGAUAGGGUACCAGUUAUGCUAUAGGGCUAAGGCUAGAGCACUAAGGAUGGCUCAGGGAACCAUUGAGGAACAGUGCAACUUGCUAGAAUCCUAUGCAAAUGAAUUGAAGAAGAGGAAUCCAGGGAGUUCAGUAUGGAUUCAAACAGAGCUGGAUGGGGGAGUUACAAGGUUUAAGAGGAUCUAUAUAUGUUUUGCUGCAUUGAGAGAAGGUUGGAGAGCAGGAUGUAGACCCAUCAUAGGGCUGGAUGGGUGUCACUUGAAAGGAGUACACAAGGGCCAAUUGCUUUCUGCAGUUGGUAUAGAUGGCAAUAAUGGAAUGUAUCCCAUUGCCUGGGACAUAGUAGAGCAGGAAAGUAGGGAUUCCUGGACAUGGUUUUUGACCUUUCUGAAGGAGGACUUAGAGAUUCAUCACUCUAUGCAUUACUGCUUCAUCUCGGACAAACAAAAAGGCCUUGAACAAGCAAUUAAGGAGCUCUUUCCUGACUCAGAGCAUAGGCACUGUGUAAGACAUUUACACAAUAAUUUCAAGACAGAUGGACAUAGUGGAUUGGAAUUGAAGCAAAGAUUGUGGGCAGUGGCAAGAGCAACAAAAAUGGCUCAGUACACAAAGGCAAUGGAUGACAUGGCCAAGGCCUUUUUUAAUGCUUGGAAGUGGUGCAAUGAUCUACCUGCUGUGCAUUGGUCUAGGUCUCAUUUUGCUGAAAGGUUCAAGUGUGAUAUUCUGCUGAAUAAUCAUAGUGAAUCAUUCAACAAGAGUAUACUAGAAGCAAGAAAGAAGCCUAUCAUACCAUGCUUGGAGGAAAUCAGGGUUUCAACUAUGAUUAGACUUGCCAAUAGAAGGAACUCUGCUAGUAAUUGGAGGUGCAAGAUGGGACCAAGAAUAGAAAAACUGUUGAAGAAAAAUGCUGCAUGGGCCAAUGAGUACAGAGCUUUAGAGUCUAGUCAAUGGAGGUUUAAACUACAGGGCAGAGGAGUGGGAUGUCAAUCUGGAGUGAUUGCUCAGCAUAGUGUACAAUUGGAUACCAAGAAAUGCACCUGCAGAAGGUGGGAUCUAUGUGGAAUCCCUUGUGGACAUGCAAUUGCUGCAAUCUACUCAAAGGGCUGGAAUGUGGAUGAUUUUGUCAGUGAUUGGUACACCCAGAAGAAGUUUAUGGAGGCUUAUGAGGUUAUGCUUCACCCAAUUGCUGGAGUUGCUGAAUGGGAGCAUUUUGAGAGGCCCAUUGCACCUCCACUAUACAGGAGGCUACCAGGAAGGCCCAAAACAAAGAGGACCAAAGAACCAGAUACAGUUUCUAUGAAUGAUAGCUCACAAGUGUUGUAUGUGUUUUGA